AUGGGGAAGGAGGGCCGGCGUCGACUGAUUAACGAAGGAGUGUCUGCCGACCUAAGCUCGCCGAGCUCGUCCCUGUCCUCGAGAGAGGGCGGACAGGAAGCUCCAUCUCCGAGCCGGGAAUAUCUGGCACAACCGGAAGUUGAUAUGCACGCCUCUGCCAGUGCAUUCAUCACGGAGCCGGAGCUGCCAAGUUGGGAGGAUUCAUCAUACUGGAUAUCUAUGGUCAAGCAGAGCAUCUCUUCCAGUAUCUCGGAACGUGAGACGCUUAUCGCCGAACUGAAGCAGGUUCUGCAGGCGGCAGUCCGCGAGCGGGGAGAGUGGCAAAAGAAGGUCAAGGCGAUGCGGCGUUUCCGCAUCCCUCCGGAGCCGGGCCACUGGCAUGAGUCGGUAACCUCUGCACUGACCUGGAGGAUGCGUGAGGUCGAAGCCUUGCAACGCGAAAUCACGCUGCUGGAAAUGAGGCAAAGGGGAGAGCAGCGCGACAUGUGCCAGCUCCAGGCGAGGCAAAGCAAGAGGAGUGUGGGAGCAGAGGCUAGCCGGUCUUUUCACCGCCGGAGCUCCGGUGCACUCACUUGUCGGGAAAGCUCACAAUCCGGCUCUCUUGGAUGGGCUGGCAGCCGGGCAAGACCAAAGCCUGUGACCUCAAGCAAGCCGAGAUCUCUUCAUGUGAUCCUAGAGCCCAACCUUGGGUCUUUGGUGCGCCGGCGGCAAAGGACAGAGGUGCAGCCCCUUUCCGGGGGCCUUUGUUCUCGAGCCAGAAGAGGUGACACAGAGGUCUACAUGUGGGGAUGGGAGCCCAACGAUGCCUGCUUCCAGGAUCGAGAGUUUGCGUUGUCGUCGUAUACCUUGCCGGACGUUCCCCGUCUGGGGCACCGAGAGGCCAUUGUCGAGGCGCAGCUCCUCCACGAAGUGAUGAGCGGCUGA